AUGACAUCUCCGAACAAUCGACGUAUUGUGUCUCAGAGGUCACUGGAAAGACAGAAUAGUAAAGAUGAUCCUUGGUGUUUGACCUGUGGGGUCAAUUUAGCCCUGGACGGUGGGACUUACACGGUGGUCACACGACACAGCAAUGGCGAUCUGUGUGACAUAUUCUCCCGCGUGCUGGGGGCGGAGUUUCGCGAGGACUAUGCUUCAGUUAACGUAUGUAACAGAUGUGAGAGGCAGCUGAGGCGACUUGGAAGGUAUAACAGUAUUGUAUUAGCUAGACGCGAAGGUGAGAAACUGAGAGAGCAGCUUGAAAAAAACCUGUCCAAACACGGUCAAGAGGUUGUUGAGUCCGGUCACUCUGAGGACAUACCCUUACCAGCUUCGGACACAGACGUUUUUGCGAAGAGUGAAACUGUUAUUUCUUCCAGCACUGGGGAAAAUCGACAAGGCUAUGAGCGACAUUCCAACAUCAAGAAGCCUGGAAAACACACAAGUCGAAGUGUGAGCAGCGUACAUUUUGAGGAUAAAGAAGAAGCUGGAAGAAGACAUGCCUUACUAAGGAAGUAUAGCGCCCCAGAAGGUAUACGCAAAAGAGAAUCACUUUCUCCAUUCAGUGAGUCUGAAAGACGCAGAGAAGCCAGGCGCCGGAAAUGGUCAAGUGCUUCCUCAACCAGUGAAGAAAACGCGGUAACUUCUUUCGCUAUUCCACCGGACAGGAAACUUUCGCUAAGCAACCGAACUUCUCCAUUAGCGUCUGACCAACAGAGAUAUGUAAAAAUGUCAGACCAAACAGAAAUACCUUCUGAUCAGCAAGAGUUUUCAGAUGAAGUGAUUACAGAUAGCUCUAACAUCACCGAAGAACCAACAGACGGAUCACCGGAAGUAGCUCAGACUGUUAUCAACACAGAACAAGAAGAUACGAUAGCCAGAGAGGGACAGGAAUUGCAGACUGAUAGAAGUGA